AUGGCCAAAGAAUACAAGAUUCUCAUCCUCCCCGGCGACGGGAUCGGACCCGAAGUCAUGGCCGAAGCCGUCAAGAUUCUCUCCCUGUUCAACAACUCCUCAGUUCAAUUCAAAACGCAAACCGAGCUCAUCGGCGGAUGCAGCAUCGAUGCGCACGGCAAGUCCGUGACUCAGUCAGUCCUCGACGCCUCGGUAUCCUCGGACGCAGUCCUUUUCGCCGCAGUCGGCGGCCCAAAAUGGGACCAUAUCCGACGCGGACUUGACGGGCCUGAAGGCGGGCUUCUGCAGGUACGGAAAGCAAUGGACAUCUACGCCAACUUGAGGCCUUGCUCCGUGGACAGUCCGAGCCGGGAGAUUGCAAGAGAUUUUAGCCCGUUCCGCCAGGAGGUUAUUGAGGGGGUGGAUUUCGUGGUUGUUAGGGAGAACUGCGGCGGUGCGUACUUUGGGAAGAAGGUUGAGGAGGAUGAUUAUGCAAUGGAUGAAUGGGGCUACUCGACACCUGAAAUCCAACGCAUCACCCGUCUCUCGGCAGAGCUCGCUCUGCGGCACGAUCCUCCCUGGCCAGUCAUCUCCCUCGACAAGGCAAAUGUCCUUGCCUCAUCGCGCCUCUGGCGCCGUGUUGUCGAGAAGACCAUGACCGAGGAAUACCCGCAGGUGAAGCUGGUCCAUCAGCUCGCCGACUCGGCAUCCCUCAUCAUGGCGACCAACCCGCGCGCCUUGAAUGGUGUUAUCCUAGCCGACAAUACCUUUGGCGAUAUGGUCUCCGACCAGGCGGGCUCACUGGUCGGAACACUGGGUGUCUUACCAAGCGCAAGCUUGGAUGGGCUGCCAAAGCCGGGCGAGGAGACCAAGGUGCAUGGACUCUAUGAGCCGACGCACGGGUCUGCGCCGACAAUUGCCGGUCAGAACAUCGCGAAUCCAACGGCAAUGAUCCUCUGCGUCGCGCUUAUGUUCCGGUACUCGUUCAACAUGGAGGCAGAGGCGCGACAGAUCGAGGACGCGGUGCGCACCGUGUUAGAUAAAGGGAUUCGCACGUCCGAUUUGGGUGGAAAGACAGGGACGAAGGAGUUUGGCGAUGCGGUUGUCGCGGCGUUGAAGGGGGAGCUUCGAGCUGCCGAGCCGUAG